GAUGGGUCAUGUGUGAUGGUUCAUUUUCAUAGUAAUAUUUUUAAUAAGACAAAACAAAAAAGUACUAAAAUAAUUCUGGGACAAUAGUGUAGCGUUUAGGACUAAAAGUGAGGUCAUGGGCGGUCUAAAAAUAGCGGGGUCAACAAUUCACAUCUAAUGCGCCGAAUCACCGGACAUGCAAAUCGUUUCGGAUACAAGGGGGUGCCUAUAUUUACGCACCAUUUUAAAAUGUUUAUUUACUACAGACAUAAACCAAUUUGUAGUGUAUUUCAGAUUAUGCACUGCUUCACUGGUGAGACACACAGUGUUCACAUAGAAAAUGGUCCUUGAAUGCUUAGGUGCGCUGAUACACCGGACAGUACUGUAUUUGACAGAGUGGCAUACUAAUCAUACUAUAAAAGAUAUCGUUCGUACGGGCUGGUAUUGUACGUGGAUUCUCACACGACUUAGAAUAUGGAUAGAGGACACUCUUGAAAGAUAGUUUAGGGACUGUGUUACAACCUUAAUUUGUUUCUUGAAGAAGGAAAUGAUUUCCAUAUAUGUAUUACACGGGCAUUAAAAGAUGCUAACAACUGGACGAACAGUUACAUUAAUUUGUCCUCUGUUUUUAACCGAGGGGACCCGAGUGGAAACGGGUUCAUAAUCUUCAGAUUUGGAGGAGAACCAGUCACUUUCACUUCUCAGUGUCUUCUCCCUCUAGGCCCCUACCGACGCCUGUAAGCACAUUUCAAUGGCAAGUGUUCCGCUGUCAGAACGCUACAGGGCGGCUAUGGUGCUCAGUGGUGUUGGUGAUGCACUAGGAUCCAGAAACCAUUCAGGGGAGAAAAUCCAUGAUGAAAUACAAAAUCUCAGUUCUCUGGAUGUUUGUUUGCCUGACUGGAGGGUCAGUGAUGACACAGUGAUGCAUCUUGCUACAGCAGAAGUUUUGGUUGAUGCUAGUAGUGAAGACAUGAAGAAGCUGUUUGAAACAUUAUCCCAAAGAUACAAGGAACGAGCGACAGUACCAGAUAAGAUGGGCAGUGGUGACACAAAGAUGGUCAUUGGUGACAUAAAGAAUGUCAGUGGUGACACAAAGAUGGGCAGUGGUGACACAGAGAUGGGCAGUGGUGACACAAAGGUCAGUGAUGACACAAAGAUGGGCAGUGGUCACACAGAGAUGGGCAGUGGUGACUCAGAGAUUGGCAGUGGUGACACAAAGAAGGGCAGUGGUGACACAAAGAUCGGCAGUGGUCACACAGAGAUGGGCAGUGGUCACACAGAGAUGGGCAGUGGUGACUCAGAGAUUGGCAGUGGUGACACAGAGAUGGGCAGUGGUGACACAGAGAUUGGCAGUGGUGACACAGAGAUUGGCAGUGGUGACACAGAGAUGGGCAGUGGUGACACAGAGAUGGGCAGUGGUGACACAGAGAUUGGCAGUGGUGACACAGAGAUGGGCAGUGGUGACACAGAGAUGGGCAGUGUUCACACAGAGAUGGGCAGUGAUGACACAAACAUGGAGAUCUCGACAGAAAAAGGUCCAUCAUCUACAUCCUGUACUUCUGAACUUGAAUCAACUAUGCACAAAGAUGAUCAGACCUCUUGUAACAAAAGCAGAAGUUGUUAUGCUUCCAUGACAUCGAUGUGUAUUGGACAGCGAUAUCCAAGGCCUGAAGACGUGGAUGAUUUAAUUGCUGUGUCUGUUCACCAUCACCCAACAGGAUACCUGGGAUCUCUGGCGUCUGCUCUCUUCACAGCAUACGCCAUACAAGGAAAGGCACCCAGAGAGUGGGGAAGUGGUUUGAUUUCCAUAUUACCCAAAGUGUUGAAAUAUGUGAAGGAUGCUGGUUGUUUUACGAAGGAAAAUGAAGAUGAUUGCUUUCAUUUCAAAGCACAAUUGUUGAAGUAUCUGGAUGAUCAUCAUAUUACAUGUACAUCACGUGACACAGAUCCAAAAUUAUCCGAGAAUUAUAAGAUCAGUGGGUGUAACCAGUUCCACAAUGAUGCACCAUUGAUAGCGUAUGACGCCAUCUUGUCAGCUGGAAAGGAAUGGGAUGAGUUGUGUAGAAGGACCAUGAUUGAUUGUGGAGACAGUGACAGUACUGGUGUGAUAGCAGCCUGUUGGUAUGGAGCUAUGUAUGGUUUCAAUGGCGUCCAUGAAUGCAAUUAUGAGAAGGUGCAAUACCAAGAGCAACUUCAGUGUGCUGCUGAUAAACUUCUAGACCUGGCCUAUCCAGAUGAGAGGACGAAGAAAGAAAUUUCACAAGAACCAAAUUGUGAUCCGAUUCCCAUGUCAGAACGCUACGUGGCUGCUAUGGUGCUCAGUGGUGUUGGAGAUGCAUUAGGAUACAAGAACGGUUCAUGGGAAUUUUGUGGUUCAGGAAAAAUAAUCCAUCACGAAUUAAGAGAGCUUGGUGGCCUCAGAAAGCUGAAGGUUUGUUUGCCAGACUGGAGGAUCAGUGAUGAUACAGUGAUGCAUCUCGCUACAGGAGAAGCCUUGGUUAUAUCUAGUGGUGAAGAAAACAUGGCGACGCUAUUUGCUGCUAUUGCCCAAAGCUAUAUAGAUUGCAUGAACGAUAUGGGUGGACGAGCACCAGGUGCUACAUGUAUGUCUGGCACUCGAAGUCUUCAUCCAUUAGCAGAGAAAGGUUAUCAGAUCCCUUAUAAUAAAAGAGGUGGUGGAUGUGGUGCUGCCAUGAGGUCCAUGUGUAUUGGUCUGCGCUAUCCAAGACCUGAAGACGUGAACGAUUUGAUUGCUGUGUCUGUGGAGAGUGGACGGAUGACUCACCAUCACCCAACAGGUUACCUGGGAUCUCUGGCGUCUGCUCUCUUCACAGCGUACGCCAUACAAGGAAAGCCACCCAGAGAGUGGGGGUGUGGUUUGAUGUCCACAUUACCCAAAGCACUGGAGUAUGUGAAAAGUACUGGUCACUGCGUCAGGGAAAAUGAACAUGACUGGUCUUAUUUCACAACACAAUGGGAGAAGUACCUUGCUAAACGAGAAAUAACUUCAGGUAAAACUGAACCAAAGUUUCCAAAGAAUUAUGAUGUCGAUGCUCGUGAUGAGUUCUACAGAUCUGUCAGUUAUGCAGGAUGGGGCGGUGCUAGUGGCCAUGAUGCACCAAUGAUAGCGUAUGACGCCAUCUUGUCAGCUGGAGAAGAUUGGGAUGAGUUGUGUAGCAGGGCCAUGUUUCAUUGUGGAGACAGUGACAGUACUGGUGUGAUAGCAGCCUGUUGUUAUGGAGCUAUGUAUGGUUUCGAUGGCGUCCAUAAAUGCAAUUAUGAGAAAGUGGAAUACAGAGAAAGACUUCGGUGUGUUGCUGAUGGACUUCUGGACUUGGCUGAGAGGACCAAGAAAGAAACUGCAGUUCAGCACAAAGAAUCUUCAGUGGAACACAAAGAAACUGCAGCUCAACAGAAAGAAACUCCAGUUGAACACAAAGAAACUCCAGCUGAACACACAGAAACUGCAGCUCAACAGAAAGAAACUCCAGUUGAACACAAAGAAACUCUAGCUGAACACACAGAAACUGCAGCUCAACAGAAAGAAACUCCAGCUGAACACAAAGAAACUGCAGCUCAACAGAAAGAAACUCCAGUUGAACAAGAAGAAACUCCAGCUGAACACAAAGAAACUGCAGCUCAACAGAAAGAAACUCCAGUUGAACACAAAGAAACUGCAGCUGAACACAAAGAAACUCCAGCUGAACACAAAGAAGCUCCAGCUCAACAGAAAGAAACUCCAGGUGAACACAAAGAAACUCCAGAUGAACACAAAGAAACUCCAGCUGAACACAAAGAAACUGCAGCUCAACAGAAAGAAACUCCAGAUGAACACAAAGAAACUCCAGAUGAACACAAAGAAACUCCAGCUGAACACAAAGAAACUGCAGCUCAACAGAAAGAAACUCCAGAUGAACACAAAGAAACUCCAGCUGAACACAAAGAAACUGCAGCUCAACAGAAAGAAACUCCAGUUGAACACAAAGAAACUGCAGCUCAACACAAAGAAACUGCAGUUGAACACAAAGAAACUGCAGCUCAACAGAAAGAAACUCCAGUUGAACACAAAGAAACUGCAGUUGAACACAAAGAAACUCCAGAUGAACACAAAAGAACUCCAGCUGAACACAAAGAAACUGCAGCUCAACAGAAAGAAACUCCAGAUAAACACAAAGAAACUCCAGCUGAACACAAAUAAACUGCAUCUCAACAGAAAGAAACUCCAGCUGAACACAAAGAAACUGCAGCUCAACAGAAAGAAACUGCAGCACAACAGAAAGAAACUCCAGUUUAACACAAAGAAACUGCAGUUCAACAGAAAGAAACUCCAGUUGAACACAAAGAA